UUUUUUAUGUCUAGCAUACCUGUAAAGAUGACUUAGAAAAAAAACAUGGAGAAGUAUGUUAGACUACAGAAGAUCGGAGAAGGUUCAUUUGGAAAAGCUGUUCUUGUCAAGUCUACAGAAGAUGGCAGACAGUACGUUAUCAAGGAGAUUAACAUCUCAAGAAUGUCCAGUAAAGAAAGAGAAGAAUCAAGAAGAGAAGUUGCAGUGUUGGCCAACAUGAAGCAUCCAAAUAUUGUCCAGUAUAGAGAAUCAUUCGAAGAAAGCGGCUCUCUUUACAUCGUCAUGGACUACUGUGAGGGAGGGGAUCUGUUUCAGCGAAUCAACGCUCAGAAAGGCGUUUUCUUUCACGAGGAGCAGAUUUUGGACUGGUUUGUACAGAUAUGUUUGGCCCUGAAACAUGUACAUGAUAGAAAAAUUCUUCAUCGAGACAUAAAAUCGCAGAACAUAUUUUUAACCAAAGAUGGAACAGUACAGCUUGGAGAUUUUGGAAUUGCUAGAGUUCUUAAUAGUACCGUCGAGCUGGCUCGAACUUGCAUAGGGACCCCAUACUACUUGUCACCUGAAAUCUGCGAAAAUAAACCAUACAAUAAUAAAAGUGACAUUUGGGCUCUGGGAUGUGUCCUAUACGAGAUGUGUACACUAAAACAUGCAUUUGAGGCUGGCAGUAUGAAAAACCUGGUACUGAAGAUCAUAUCUGGAACUUUUCCACCGGUGUCUUUGAAUUAUUCCUAUGAUCUCCGCAGUUUGCUGUCUCAGUUAUUUAAAAGAAAUCCUGGGGAUAGACCAUCUGUCAACUCCAUAUUGGAGAAAGGCUUUAUAGCCAAACGCAUUGAGAAGUUUCUCUCACCUCAGCUUAUUGCAGAAGAAUUUUGUUUAAAAACAUUUUCAAAGGUGGGAGCUCAGCCUGUGCCAGCUAAAAGACCAGCUUCGGGACAAAGCUUGGCUUCUGUUGUGCCUGCUCAGAAAAUUACAAAGCCUGCUGCUAAAUACGGUAUACCCUUGACAUAUAAGAAGUACGGAGAUAAAAAACCACAUGAAAAGAAGCCACUGCAGAAACAGAAACAGGCCCAUCAAACUCCAGUGAAGAGAGUAAAUCCUGGAGAAGAAAGGAGGAAAAUGUUUGAGGGUACAACAAGAAAGAGAAGGUUGGAAUUUACUGAAAAAGGAAAGAAACAGAAGGAUCAGAUUAUUAGUGUAAUGAAGGCUGAGCAAAUGAAAAGGCAAGAGAAGGAAAGGCUGGAGAGGAUACACAGGACCAGGGAGCAAGGCUGGAGAGACGUGCUGCGUGCCGGCGGAGGCGGGGAGGUGAAGACCCCCUUUCUUGGCAGUGGAGGGGCUGUGGCUUCAUCAUCCUUUAAAUCACGAGGACAGUAUGAACAUUACCAUGCCAUUUUUGAUCAAAUGCAGCAGCAAAGGACAGAAGAUCGUGAAGCUAGAUGGAAAGGAGAAACACAUGGCCGGGGACUACCAGAAAGAGGGAUUCUGCCUGGAGUUCGUCCAGGAUUUCCUAGUGGGGCUGCAGGUCAUCACCAUUUUCCUGAUGCUGAUGAUAUUAGAAAAGCUUUGAAAAGAUUGAAGGCCGUGUCUAAACAAGCCAGUGCAAACAGGCAGAAAGCGCAACUAGCUGUAGAAAGAGGUAAACAAGUGGAAGAAUUCCUGCAGCGAAAACAGGAAGCCAUGCAGAACAAGGCUCGAGCGGAAGGACACAUGGAGAUCCUGCAUCACCGGGCAGCCCUGGCUGGAGGCGGGCCCCGGUCGGCUGGAGGAGGGCAGCCCAAGAACAAGGAGGAAGAGGUUUAUUUGGCAAGACUGCGGCAAAUAAGACUACAGAAUUUCAAUGAGCGCCAACAGAUUAAAGCCAAGCUACGUGGUGAAAAGAAAGAAGCUGUUAGUUCGGAAGGACAAGAGGGAAGUGAAGAGGCUGACACAAGGCGCAAAAAAACCGAAUUGCUUAAGGCCCAAGCAAAUGCACAUGCUGCUGUGCUGAAGGAACAGCUGGGGCGGAAGAGGAAGGAGGCAUAUGAGAGAGAGAGGAAGGUGUGGGAGGAGCAGCUGGUGGCUAAAGGAGGGAAGAGUUCUGCUGCUUCUGCACCUCCGGGGCAGCCAGAGGGAGGCGGCUCUCCAUCAAAGCAGCCCACGAGGUCUGUGGUUUCUGUGACGUCGGCUUUGAGAGAAGUGGGCGUGGACAGUUUAGCCUAUAUCCAGGAGACCUCAGAAGAAAUGCAGAGGACCAACAAUGCUAUUUCAAGUAAGCGAGAAAUAUUGCGUAGAUUAAAUGAAAAUCUUAAAGCUCAAGAAGAUGAAAAGGUAAAGCAGCAUCAGUCUGACACUUGCGAGACAGUUGUCUGUGAAGAUGCUAAAGAGCUGGAAGAAGAAAAAGCCAUUUCCUCUGAGCGCAAGAAGUGGGAACCAGGAGGUCAGCUUGUGAUCCCUCUGGAGACAUCAACACUGGACUCGUCCUUCAGUGUCACUGCAAAACAUACCAUGGGAGAGGCCAUUAAAUUAGAUCCUGGGAGCUCCCCAAGAAGAGCCUGGGGGAAGAGCCCGACAGAGUCUGUGCUCAGGAUCCUUGGAGAAGCUCAGCUACAACUUCAGACAGAGCUGUUGGAAAACACAGCCACAGGAAGUGUGAUUUCUCCUGAAGGGGAAAGAUACAAACCCUUAGUUACUGGAGAACAAAAAGUACAAUGUAUUUCACUUGAAAUAAACCCAUCGGCUACUGUUGAUUCUCCUACUGAGACAAAAAGUCCAAAGUCUAGUGCAAUAUCAUCACCACAGAUGUCAUUGAAAUCAGAAGGAAAUUCGGAAGAGCCUGACGACUUGGAGACAGAAGCUCUGCAGGAGCCAAGGGAAGCAAGCAAAGACGACAGCCUGCCACGCCCCCUCCACGACACGUGGGUCAACGUGGAGCCAAACGCAAGGGAUACCAAGUUGGAGGACAGGGUCACCAUUCGGCCAAAUGAAGGUCCUGAAGGUGGACUGUCGAGCCGUGUGGACCAGCUUAGUGACAUUCACACAGAACCUGGAAUAGAUGACUCUCAGCACUCUAAAUAUGAUAUAGAGAAGUCUCUUCUACCGGAACCAUUUUUCCAUAGAGUGGUUCAGUCUGAACAGUUGAACGUAGUCUCUCAAGUUCAGUCAAUUCAGUGUUCACCAGAAGAAUCUCUUCCACUUAGAUCUCACUCUGAUUCACCAUCAAGAAAUAAAAACAAGAACUCCUUGCUGAUUGGACUUUCAACUGGCCUGUUUGAUGCAAACAACCCAAAGAUGCUGAGGACAUGUUCACUUCCAGACCUCUCAAAGCUGUUCAGAACCCUGAUGGAUGUACCCACUGUAGGAGAUGUUCACCAAGACAAUCUCGAGAUCGAUGACAUUGAAGAUGAGCCCAUUAAAGAAGGCCCUUCGGAUUCAGAAGACAUUGUGUUUGAAGAGCCAGACCCAGACUUGCGAGAGCUCCAGGCCUCGAUGGAGCAGUUGCUGAGGGCGCAGCCUGGGGAGGACAGCGAGGAGGAGGCGGAGGCGGAGGCGGCCCUGGGGAGCAGCGGCGCGGGGCUGGCCGCGGGCGUGGAGCCGGACGACAGCCCCGGCAGCGAGAGCGCCCUGGACGAGGAAUGGCGCUCGGAUAACAGUGAUGGUGAAACUGCCAGCGAAUGUGAAUAUGACAGUGUCUUUAACCACUUAGAGGAGCUGAGACUUCAUCUGGAACAGGAAAUGGGUUUUGAAAAGUUCUUUGAGAUUUAUGAGAAAAUAAAGGCUAUUCAUGAAGAUGAAGAUGAAAAUAUUGAAAUUUGUUCAAAAGUAGUUCAGAAUAUUUUGGGAAACGAACAUCAGCAUCUUUAUGCCAAGAUUCUUCAUUUAGUCAUGGCAGACGGAGCCUACCAAGAAGACAAUGAUGAAUAAUUCUCAGAACAUUCUUUAAUACUCAACUAAAUGAAAGCACUUGAAUUUGGCUCAUUGGAAUAAUAAGCUUCAGUGGAAUAUACAGAAAUUACUCAUAAAAAUCCCAGAUUUAAGAUGGAUAUGCUUAUUGCAUGAAAAAGACAGAGGAAGAUGCCAUUUUUCAAUGAAGAUUCUAGUAUUUUAUAUAUUUUAUUUUGUUCCUUGAGGUCUGUAGUUAAGUCCUGUAGAAUGUAUACUCCAUUAAACCAUCCAACCAAAGCAUAAGAAACGUUGACCCAGAACUCAGCUUAAUGGCUUUGAAGAUUCACUAUGCAAUAAGGUAACUGACUUUUAGCAAACGUCUUUAGGUCAGAGGAAUUACCUGUGUCGUGGAAAACUUGCCUGUGGUUUUCCCUUUACGUCUUUAAGCAUGACCUUGUUUUCUGCCUAGUGCUCAUUUUCAUCCUGGCCAGCAAUUUUGCAUUAAAUAACCUUGCCAAGGGCUCUACUUAAAUCUUUACAUUUUGAAGAUGGAAUUUUUAGCCUUAAGGUUUAUAUUCUCAAGACCUCUUUCAGCCAGUGUGUCUCUUGAAUUAGCUCAGUGGAAACAGUCUUAGAAAUCAUUGAAAUAUUUGAUUAUGAAAGAAUAGCAAAAUUCUGUUUCAAAAAAGUUGGUCUACUGCCUCUAUUUCUCUUUAAGGACCAGAAUCAGGAAUAUUAUCUCUAAAAAUUAGUCUGUGGUUCUCAACAUUGAUGUUGCAUACAGCAUAAAGUUGCCCUGAUAGUUUUUAACCUCCCUUCACACAUGUGCUCCAAGGAUAAUAUAAGGUUAAAAAGGAAAAAGGACUCAUUUUUAUUUUGAUUCUGUAACAGUUUUGGUAACGGGUUUUCUGAAAGACAAUGUUUGCCUCUUGUUCUUUUUCCCAUUGUGAGAGGGUGUCGUUAGGCCACUAAGAUACUGGUUACAUGGCUCAGUUGCAAUAUGCCAAGUAUUAUGGUUUUAUCAGAGAUGUCAACAGUCCAGAUGUUUUUAGUAAUAGAAGCAAUAUGUUUGAACCUCUGAGUACAAGGCAGCCCGAUUGACAUAAUAUGUCAUAUGAAAAAUAAAAUCUUAUCUUGUGGCACUACCAAGUACUAUGUUGAAUUUAUUAUGUAUGUUUUUUCUAACACCUAGAACUAAAUAUUUGACUUUUAUAUGUUUGUUUAUUUUAUGAUAUUACUAUUAAAUUUUUAUUUUCUACCUGAA